CACACAGAGUACGGAACCCGCUGAAGUGACGAUAUAAUGGGGCUUACCGUCGUUAUUGCGGUGUGAAAGCUAUGUAAAUCACCAAUUGUGCGUGCGGGGUUAUAAGAUUCGCUUCGCUCCCUCAUCUUUACUAGAGGUCAUCCUUUUUUUUCGUCCGAUAAAAUGCAUAACUUCAUAUAUAUAUAAGUCAUCGCCACUUUCAAUUUCUUACUUAUUUUCAACUUCUUGUUUUUGUCUUGUUGAUUUCGAACUACAUACACCUUUCACCUCUAUGUCACAAUUAUGGUUCGAAUGCUGAAUUUUUGGUUUGCAUCUGUAGCUUCUUGGAGCGUUUUGCAAUGUUUUGCUUUGCCGAUGGCUUCCUUCACUGAUUCAAUCAUGCCCGGCACAUUCUUAGAAGAAGGCUCUUUACCUUUACCCAUCUUGGAUAUGAUUCAAAUGGCCGAAAGAGAAGGAGAGGUUUAUUUUUACGAUCCUACAUCCAGAGGUUCAACUUCGAGACCGAUACGCUCCAUUCUUCAGACGUAA